AUGGCUGCUGUUAGAGGUCAACCGUUACAAGCACUCGGUGCAAGAGAAUUGAAUGCCAGAUCAAGAAUCCAAAAUCAACAGAUUACUCCAUUGAAAUCUACUAGAAGAGCUGAAACUGAAAAUGAAGUCAAAGCUGAAAAGGUUAAUGAACAGCCGAAAGAGAAGGCUAAAAAGAAGAAGGAAAAAUUGUCAGCCUUAUGUAAAACUCCACCAUCUUUAAUCCGUACAAGAACUGGUAAGGAUUAUAAAAGAGGGUUGUUUUUAGGUGAAGGUGGAUUUGCAAGAUGUUUCCAAAUCAGAGAUGAUACUGGUGAAGUCUUUGCUGCUAAAACUGUUGCUAAAGCAUCAAUUAAAAGUGAUAAGACCAAGACAAAAUUGCUUUCAGAAAUCAAGAUCCAUAAAUCCAUGUCCCAUCCAAAUAUUGUUCAAUUUGUUGAUUGUUUUGAAGAUGAUGUUAAUGUUUAUAUCUUACUAGAAAUAUGUCCAAAUCAGUCGUUGAUGGAUUUGUUGAAGAAAAGAAAAGCUUUAAAAGAACCAGAGGUUAGAUUUUUCAUGACACAAAUUAUCGGAGGGAUUAGAUAUAUGCACACCAGAAGAGUUAUUCAUAGGGACUUGAAGUUAGGUAAUAUCUUUUUUGAUCCAGAUAUGAAUUUGAAAAUUGGUGAUUUUGGUCUUGCUGCUGUGUUGCAUGCUGAUAAAGAUCGUAAAUACACCAUUUGUGGUACUCCAAAUUAUAUUGCCCCAGAAGUUUUAACAGGGAAAACUACUGGUCAUAGUUAUGAGGUUGAUAUUUGGUCAAUUGGUGUCAUGCUUUAUGCAUUAUUAGUUGGUAAACCACCUUUCCAAUCUAAAGAUGUUUCUCUCAUCUAUGAAAGAAUUAAAACCAAUGAUUAUGGUUUUCCAGAAGACAAACCUAUCUCAGAUGAAGCCAAGAUAUUAAUUCAAGAUAUAUUAUCAACAAAUCCAUUGAAAAGACCAACUUUAGAUGAGAUUUUGGAAUAUGAUUUUUUCAAAGGUCCAUUCCCAGACAGAAUUACAGUUGAAACUCUAGUUAGCGUUCCUGAUUUUUCAUAUUUGGACAGAAACCAAUCACAGAUCAACUUCAUGAAUACUAGAAGAUCUGCUGGUUUAAUUCAUUCAUCCCAUAAAAACCCAGUUGAGAUUUUGAGAUCAGACUUGGAAUCAGAAAAACCAAAGGCUAUUUUACCUCAAUCAUUAUCUCCUGGUAAUACGAAGAGCAAAUAUAAGGAAGUUACAGACUUACCAACCCGUUCAAGAAAGAUUGAAGAUAGCUCUUCAAAAUUAGGCAAAGCUAGAAGAUUAGAUGAAGAUAGGGCUGCACACAAAAAACGUCAAGCUAGAAUGAGAGUUCAUAAUAAAUUCACCAGCAGUGGUAAUUUGAGAGCCCCAACAUUAAUCAGUAAAUGGGUUGAUUAUUCUAAUAAGCAUGGUUUUUCAUAUCAACUCUCCUCAGAUGACAUUGGUGUUUUAUUCAAUGAUGGAAACACUCUGCUUCGUGUCAACCAUUCUGAUAGCUUCUGGUAUAUUGUAAAUGAUGAAGUUGAUGGUUGGGUUGCAUCUGAGUACAAAUUGGGUCACAUUCCAUCAGAGUUAUCAAGACAAGUAGAGAUUGCAGAUUUUUUUGCUAGAUAUAUGAAGACUAAUUUAUGCAGAGUUUCCAAUGAUGAAGAUUCUCUGAUAGAAGAACAAGAAGAAAUCUUUUUAAGAAGAUAUACAAGAUAUGAUCUUUAUGUUAUGUUUGAAAUGAGUAAUGGAUCUAUUCAAUUCAAUUUUAGGGAUCAUCACAAGAUUUGCAUUUCACAGACAGGUUCUGUGAUCACUUAUAUUUCACCAGAUCGUACAUCAGAAACAUGCAUGUUAGCAAACGUUAUAAGAGAUGGUUGUUUCCCAUCUGUUCAAAUGGACAUAGGGUUGGAAGAAAAACUUGGUUUGAUUAAGGAGGCGUUGAGAGACAAGGUAAAUAUCCCAAUAUAG